AUGGAUAAUCUAACGACAGUCCAGACUGUCAGCUCAGGUGGAGGUGCAGGAGGAAGUAGCAAAGGUAAGAUCUGAGAAUACAAAACCGUCAAUGCAAGUUGUUUACUUUAACAUGCUAGAAAGAAAGGAAUGGUGUGUGUUAGUAAGUUGUUGUACCAAACAAAAACCCAGAUGAAGUGCAGAAUAAUCAGGGAGUGAGAAAAACUGUUGUUGAUUCAGGAACCUUAUAUAAUGUCUGUCGCACUCAAAGUUUGAACAUCCAUAAGAAUUAACUGAGCAGCCUUCAUCAGGUUUCAUUUACUACCCAGGGGUCUGUGAUUGAGCAAAAUCCAUAACAGUGGUCUGUAGAGCGUGACAGUGGUCUGCUAUUAAGAAAUAACAGACCAUUGCUUUGAACUGUAACUAUGUAAUGGGAAUUAAGUCCUUAUGACAGCUCUCUAAUCAUAGCAUUAAAAUGUCAACAAUGAUAAAAGUGUGUGGCAUUAGCUCAAAAUCGCUGAACUAAACGCAGAGAAUUGAGUCGUUACACCCCCCAUCCUCACUGUCAUUUCAAAAACAUGUUGUGAACUGAAGCAGGGGUUCCUUUUAUGGGAAACAUGUUUAAAACAACAAUGUGAGUAUUCAUUUUUGACAACUGUAUUUUCUCGUUCUUCACAGUGGUCACAAAAACAGUUACUACCACCACUAGACUGACAUCACAAAGUAAGUUGUGCCUCGCUACACUAUUUACACUAUAUUUAUUUAUACGCAAUGAUCAUUCAGCAGCAGAAUAACACAUAUUUGGUCUGUUGGAAAAUGACAGCUGCACUUAUCACUUAUCUAACCUAUCUUGACAAUAUCCAUGAAACUAUGACAGAAGUAACAAAAAUGCACAGAACAUAUCAGUUCCCUGCAUUCCUAAUCAGCUUUUUGGCAGUUAUGGUUUUACUCAGUGUUCAGCUGGCUUAGUCUUGCAGCUUUCAUCGGCCCUAAAAUGUGGUUUAAUAAAGCAGGUUGCAAAGAAAACUGACAAGUCCACACAUAGGUCCGGCAUUGAACAAGGAUUUACUACAGUUAUAAGCCAGAGGGUGAAAAAAUCUAUUCAUUAGUUUGACAAAAUGCAAAAGAGUCUGAUCAUGAUAAGUCUGUUAAGAUCCUUAAGGGUCACAGAAGUUGAACAAUAAACUUUAAUUCCAUUUGUAAAUGAUUCCAAAUCAGUGCCAAUGCCUCUCUGUCCCAAUGAUGUGAAAUGUGUCUGUUUUUGCAUAAUAUGCAACAUUAUCAACAUUAAAACAAGAAUAGCUCUGUUCACCAGAUAGCCCUCGGUUUGUUUCCAAAAAGUUGCAGCUAUUUCAAUAUAGUGGGGUAGAUUAUGCUGGUGGUACCACACGUAUGCCAACUCACCUGUGUUUUUUCAUCGUAUGCAAAGUGCUCAACAACCAAAGUAAAGAUCAACUUAAUAGCUAGCUUGUUAAGCUAAGCACUGACUUGACAGCAAGGUCUUGGUUUCUUUCCAUUCUUCAUUGGACCACCUCAUAAUGCAUGCUGAUGUUAGUUUCCUGUCUGCUAGAUUUAAAAAUGCUUUUAUUUUUUCGCUUACAUCAGCCAUAUAUCUUUAGAAAAAUAUAGUCAAGCUUUCAUGUCGGGCUGUUUUAUGUUAGGUCAGAAUUGUUUUAACCUUCUCCUACAUCACAGACAGCUAGUAGAUAUGGUUUAGCUUUGCAUAGUUUUAGUUGAUGUGACUGCUGUAAAUUUGGUUCAGCAAUGAGAAGUCUGACUUUUAAACUGAGCAGCAGCUUUUCUCUUUGAUAAAGAGUUGAAAAGAGCAACAUAGAGCAACUUAAGUAAAAAUUAGCUGUAAAGAGGUAGGGCUCAGUAAGCAGCUAAAUCUUGUGAAGUUAGCAAUAACCUAGCUAAGGAAGUUUGAAAAACUGAAUGCAUCUAUCUCUCUUUUUGCGCUUACAUACGCUGUAUUAACUCAAGAGCAUAUUUACAAAUGCUAGCUGCGCUAAACUAGCAUCACAACCAGUCACUUGCAGAGCUUGAGGUUACCUCUAAAGUUAUUCCCCUUAACUCUAUAAGAAUGUUCACUUUUUAAGCUUUGCGUUGUGGUUUACUGGCUGUUUCAGCUGAACACCAGUUUUAACAGUUUUAAGAAGAUAAAUAAAUGAUAAAUGCAGAUUUUAAUUAUUUUUGGAUAGGAACAAGUGAAGGACGUCAAGACAUCCUCUAAACUCCCUGCAGUGACAGCAAAUCUUUUUUAUUAGACAAGAGAAACCAUUACCCUGAGCAGCCCCAGAAGCAGCAGCAGCACCUAUAUAUUAUAUGAGUGUCUGAAAUCAAUCUCACCUGAGAAAGGAAGAAUUUAAUGUUCUGCAGCUAUAAAGGAAGCAUGUUACGGCGCAUUUCCAGUCAAGCUGAGGCUUAACUUGAGAAUGUUGUGAGGGUACAAAAAAAGCACAAACAGACCGUUCUCUUCAUAGGUCAUUUCACUUUGCCAGUUCAGGCUUGUGAGGAAAACUGGAUUUAGGCAGUCCAUAAAAGUCAUAUUCAGCUCCGGCGGGCAAAAUCAUCCAAAGGCUUUGAUAACAUGCCUCGAAGAGACAGGAACAUUUAACUUACUGUUCAACAUAAUUUAUGAUGAUGGUAUAUCUAAUCUUCUUUUAUAUUUCUUCUAGCUGAUACUUCUCAGAGUGCAGAGGGGUCGGGCGGAAAAGCUGCGUCGGGCAGCUCAGGAGGCACAAGCAGCUCGGUUUUCAUCACAUCCAGCAGCUCAAAAGCUACCAGCUCUGGUGGAUCAGGAGGUGUAACUGUCACUACUAUAGGAUCUUCUUCUUCUUCUUCUUCAGCUGUAUCAUCAGGUGGAGGAAGCUCAUCAGGUGCAGAAAGCUCAACAGGUGGAGGAAGCUUGACAGGUGGAGGAAGCUCGGCAGUUGGAGGGAGCUCAGCAGGAGGAAGCAGUCUGCUAGUUGUCAAGAGCUCUUCGGCUGGAGGAAGCUCUACAGCUGGAGGGAGCUCAGCAGGAGGAAGCAGUCUAGUUGUUGUCAAGAGCUCUUCGGCUGGAGGAAGCUCUACAGCUGGAGGGAGCUCAGCAGGGGGAAGCAGUCAAAUUGUUGUCAAGAGCUCUUCGGUGGGAGGAAGCUCGGCAGGUGGAGGUGGUCUGGUGGUUAAGAGCUUGACAGGUGGAGGGAGUUCAGCAGGAGCAGCAGCGAGCUCUGCAGCUUCAGGAGGUUCAUCAGUAGAGUUUAAAGCUUCAGGAGGGAGCUCUUCCAGCAUGUCUUCUGGUUUUGUGAGUAACAGUAGUCAGGUGAAGCGGGAUGGGGGUCUCGGCACUGUAACAGUUUCAACAGUGUCAAAGAGCAGCUACAGCUCAGGGGGAGCUGGAGAGGGCACAAAGAGGGGAUCAUCCUCUGCGAUCUCAUACUCACCUGCACCAAAGGAGAGGAAGAACAUCACGACCAUGGCAGCAGCUAUGUCAGAGGUGUUUGAUGGUUAGUGUGAUGAUCAUAGGUCAAUGCAAUGCUGUUUGAUGUUCAGAUAUGCAGCAGGCAAAUAGAAAAUAAGCUGAAGGUUAAUGGGUCCUUUAUUUUGUCUGCAUGUUUUAGAGAGUUCAAGUACAAACUCUUCUCCGGAGUACAACAGGAAGGAGUAUGGUAAGUUUGUCUUUUUGGUUGUUUUAUAUCCCUUGAUGUGACCAUAAAUAUAAACUUUUGUUAAUGGAGUAUUAUUUUUAUCUUUUAGUUGCAUCAACUUCAACUUACGCCACUAGAGGGAGGAGUCAAAGCAGAGGUACAUUAAGAGCUCAGACAUACUAAACUUAAAAACUCAGCACAUUGACAGUACAAAUACCAUACAUAACUACACAGGGUUUUUCCCCAACAGGUUUAAGCGAUAAAAAUAUUAAUGUACUUUUCUUUUGUUUCUUUAGAGACUGAAAUCAGAACAAGGCUUCAAAGUGCAUCCCCCUCAGCAAGCUGUAAGUACACUCCAGUCAGCUGUAAAAAGAGGGUCAUUUUGAACCCUUAACUUUAGCACUAUGGCCACUGCCAUUUUUGUAGUACUUGACUGCUAUUGGAUGUGAGGGUGGAAGACAUAAGGAACAAAGGUUACUAUCAACUAAUGCUAGAUUUUGCAUCUUUAUUUCUGCAGUAUUAAUCAGGAUGCUGUUUUUAUCCUGCAAAAAACAGGCUAUAAGAAAGUGCAGUGAGUGAUUCAAUUCAAAAGCUGACCCCUUACUGUCUUACAUAACCAUGAUUCACAAACAAGUGUGGCACAAAAGCAUUUUCAGUGGGUCAUGGAUGUGUCUGAAAAAAAAGAUUUGGCUGAAAAUAUUUGCUGACAUGAAAUAGAGUGAUGAAAAAAACUGACCUAAGCAAUAAAAAAGGCAGUUUUUCUAUCAUGCAGAGUUGUUUAUUCACACUCCAGCUAUGUUGAUGGUAGUAAUGGACAUUCACACUGGUUCUCAUGUGCCAUUUGACAUCAAGUUUCUUGAAUAUGUGUUGGUGUUGUCAUUAAGGAGGAAGUACAACUUUUGAACCGUCCUCCAUCUCCUCACCUGUCUUUCCUUUUUUAUGGACUGGAUGAGGUGGAGUCACGUCUCUGACGUAGGACAGUGUCUUAAAAAGACAUGAGACCAUAGCCUACACAUCCAAAACAAACUUUUAUUUAUUUACCUUUUUGACACCAAAUAGAUUUACAUGGGCAAAAGGCUGUUGAUUAUUGUCGUAAAUUUUGAUAUCAGUAAAUUUUCGGUUUAUCGUCCAGCCUUACUUGAUUUACAACAGCUAUGCUACUCCUUCACCUAAUCCCUGCUAUACUAUUACAGGGACUGAGCUGGAUGAUGUGAAGCGUCUGCUUAGGGGAAACCGUUCCACCAGCACGAGCCCCAGCCCAACUCAGUCUCCCAACAACACUCUGCCCAUCCCCAAGAAGGGCAGCGUGGAGACCAGGACCAUGUCUGAGAGCUCCAGUGCAGGUUAUUCACCUUUAUUAGAUACUGCAAUAGGUUGAUCUAAAAAGAAAUGAGUUUCUGUUGUAAUGUACAAGUAUGACAACCUACUGUGAUUUUUUAAUCUUUCACACUUUUUUGUCUCUAUUAGAUCAGUAUGGGAGCAUUUGGUCUGGAGGUGUGAGCAGCAGCUACAGUUACAACACAAACCACAACAACCUGUCCAAUACCUCCGGCAUUUACCAGUCAGGUCAGUCACGCAAGACAACCAGGGACAUCAGCCACCUGUUACAGAAGGCAGUGUUCUUCUGUAAUGCCAUGAUUGGUCACAUACUCAAAUGAGACGAAACAUUUCCAACAAAAAGAAGCAAACAAAUACAAAGAAGCAGAAACCCCCUAAAAGGGACUUAAGAUGAGACAAAAAUGACUGCCAGGACACAAAACUAGUGAUGGUUUCACUGAGAGGCAAAUGACUGAUAAGAGACCAAAAGCUACCGGCUGAUUAUGCCAAAAAAUGGCAAUGAUAGAGAAAAACAGUUAUUUUGAGAUCUAUAAUAAAUACCUAAUGAUGACAAACAGGCAUGAAGCAGCUACAAAGAUACAAAAAAAGCACAAAAAGUAUGGAAAACAAUGAAAAAAGAGUCAUAUCAAAACUUAAAAAUCUAAUAAUUUGUAUUCGUAAAGACCCAAAAUGUCUGCAAAACAAAAAUCAGUCAGGUUUCUCUUAGUUGUGAGGAUGCCUUUUGAAAGGUACAUUUUGGUGAGACUUGUUGGCUUUGUCAGAUUUUAAAUGAUCCUGUGCUCUGUUGUGUGUCUUUCAGGAGGAAUGCAGAACAACAUGUCGCUCACUUCCCCCUCUAUGAGCGGUGGACUUUCUGUUGGCGGCACAGGUGAGCCACAGACAGCUGAGAUUUCACAUCCUCAGUUCUGCUCUGACAGGUUAUCAUAAUGAGUUUUUUUUUGUCUUACAGUUCCUCUGUAUGGACUUCAGAAUAACCUGGCCACUACCGGCCCAACUCUCCUGUCUCCUGCUGGAGCCAGCACACAGCUAGGUAAUGAAGCAAUGUGCAGAUAAUAAUAAUAAUGAUUAAUACAUUACAUAAGUGUGGAUUCUAUGAAAUGAUCUGAUCAAGUCUGAUUGCCAUAAUAAACGAGUAAAAGGAUUUUGAGUCUAAGGUAGUUCUGGGAAGCCAGUUACUGGUUUAGAGCAUGAAGAGUGAGCCAUGUGUACAAUGUUUUCCUGGCCCUCUGCAGCUCAAAUAAAAGAAGUUACCCUUUAUAAGGUUUUAAGGGUUGUGGAAAACCAACCUGUUGAAAAAACAUUUGAGUUCGGUAGACAAGGUAAUAAAUCAAUCAAAUUCAGAGAUGUCCUGGCACAAAAGAUGUUACGGUGUAUGCAAACCAACAAGAAAUCAAGCUGUAAUGUCUAAUAUGCUUUUCUGCAUCUUAACAGUUUAUGGUGUGCAGAAAAAUGCAUCCGGCCCUGGAUUGAGUCCAACCACAGGUGAGGCUUUUUUUAUCUUAAGGCAGAUCCACCUGUGUUUAUGAAGCCUAUGGAUUUCACUCCCUGUCCUUUUUUGAGUUAAUGCACUCAAAUGAAAAUACUUAAACUGGAGAGGUGCAUCACUUCACUAGAGAAACACUGUUGCAACCACAGACUGAAUAUAAGAAGCAGAUGUUUCCACACUAUCUGAAAAGUGGUAAAUGGAGGUUUUAAACCAGCAGAUUUAAUAGCAGUCUGUGAGAAAAUGGCCCCAAGAGUUAAUUUAUGAAAGUGACCCUUAUGAGGAAAUACUCUCUGAGGAUGUUUUAGGGACGAUGGGAGUAAAAACAAAAAAAAAAAUAAGGAUGGAUGCAACAAAAACACAGCACUAAGGCAUAGAAGCAACUAGUUAAUUGCCCCUAAUGUUCUCCAGUACAGUGGUUGUGAUUCACUUUUGUUUGGUGUAGAAUAAACAAAAAAGAAGAUCAUGGCUGCCAGUAUUGGUCAUGGAGGCUUAUAUUAUGAUAAAAAUUGUCACCUCUGCCUCCAAAACAACAACAAAGUAAUAAGCAAAGUCUAAUUCAAGGCUUCAAACUGAUGAGAGAUUUUACGGGUGCUCAGUCAGAUUUUGCAAUUCACUCAUCAGACACUAAACCCUUGAUUAUGUCUAUGAUUGUCUUUGAAUUCUCUUUUGCGCAUACUUCUUGAAAAAGUAAGAACCAUGAAGAGAUGUUAGUUCAUAUUCUGCUUUUUGACCACAGUAGAGAUCACUGUUAAUGUCUUUUUGCCAAUGAUAACACCGCUGGAUGUGUUUCUAAUGAGUUGGUCUUUCAGUGAGACCCAGCAGUCCUGCUCCUGACGAGGUGUCCGGCAAAGAUUUCAAGUUCGUGAUGGUAGAGAAGGAGAACGCUCCGGUCAAGAAGGAAACAGAGCGACUGAUCAUGACCAAAGACACGGGGAAGCAGUUCAUGUCUGCUGCACCUGCUAGCUUUGGCGGUAAAUUAAAUAAAAGUGCAGUACUGUUACUCUGUGACUGACUCUUAACGCUAGAUUAAAAGGGAUCUGUUGUUGUGAUGCAGUUCCUACAUAUGAUGAGUGAUCACGUGUGGUAUUUGUUGUUGUUGUUUAGGUACUUUCUCCGAGGACUCACUUAAGAGGGAGAAACAGAAGCUCUCAUCCAGUACAGUGGAGGAAGGAACUGAUGCUAAAUGUAAGCCAAAGCAUAUCGAGUCUUCUCAGAUUUUCAGUUUCAGAUUUUCAUAGAACACGAAAGCCUCAUUGUUUGUGCUUUUAUUAAACAGCUUCAUCUCUAAAGGUUUCCACCAAAGAUAAAGCAACCUAUGCAGGUAUGUAUAACUUUCCAACUUUUACUAUGUGCUAUGAGCUCAGCUUUACCCAUGAUUAUUGUCAUAGUCUGUAGUGCCCCAUCAAAACACAAAUUCGUAAAAUAAAAAAAAAUAAAAAAUAAAAAAAAAUAAAAACUGUUGAUUGUUUUGAGGUAGUAACUGGAUUUAUUUGCCAAAUGUAGGUUUUUAAUAUUUUGCGAAUACCAUACUUCACAAUCAAAAAUUAUAUACAAGACUGUUAUGUAUAUAGAAUAUUUUUGUUUGCAUAAGGCUAGUAUGAGGCUGAUAAUCUGAUCAGCAUUCUGUCAAGGAUUUCAGUUACUCUGUAGUCUGAAAUUUUAUGUAUAUCAUCAACAGUUAUUGUAACACUGAACUUUGCAUUUAGCAUACAACACAUAUGAAGCACUCACUGGUAUGUCUUCAUUUACAAAGCCAUUCUGGGCAAUAUCCCAUCAUGUUUGUCUAGUCUCUUAACAAGAAAGCAUGGAAGUUACAGUCUCCAUUCUAUUGAUGUUCUACAGUUAGUUGUCCCCAAAGUAAGAACUGAAUUACAGUCUGAACUUUGCCUUCAAGCUCUUGUCACCAAACUAAGCAAAUCUAAAACUAUAGUGAAAUCAUUACAACCUACUUCAUCUGUGUGUAAAUGUUUUAUGUGAAAUUGUUUUAAUGGUGAGAUGUUGUGAAUUUUAUCUGUUGUAGGGACUAUGCUCCUGCCCUCUUGGCCAGAUCUCACUUGUAAAAGAGAUUUGUAAUCUCAAUGGGACUAACUUGGUUAAGUAAAGGCUAAAUAAAUAAAAAUGUGAAAAAUGACAGCAUGCAUGUAUCCUCUGAAAAAACCUUUUUACCCAGUUUACAGUCUAAUGCAACACUAGCUAAUUGCUUUUUGCCUCCAGCAUGUAACUUUACAUUUCUCAUAUGACUUUGAGAGUGGUAUCUUCAGUCUUCAGGUCCAUCUCAAAAAACAAAAAUCACAAUCUAAACAAUUUCAUCUCUUUGUUCUUAUAAGAUAGAAAACAGCAAGUUUGACAAAUGUAAAAAGAACUAUGAAAAAUAGGGACAACAUAGAGACUUAGCUUUGAAACAUGAUGGAGUAUGUGCAUUCCACUUUAACGUAGGUAACAUCCUUAUCUCCUCACAAAAGCUGCAGGUUUUUAAAAAAGUUUACAUACCAGUGAAAGUAUCUCCACUAGAUGCUCCUAAUGGUGGCUAAAUUUCUGUUUAGACUGAAUAAACUGGAAAAGACGUCAAGCUCUGACUCUUUCUUUCAACUCUUGUGUUUUCCAGAGAUCCAUGAAGACAAAGACGGCGCCGGGGCCGGGGCCGGGUUCUUGUCCUGCUGCAGCUGGUGGAAGUGGCUCCUCGGCCUCCUGCUAAGCCUGCUCUUCCUCCUCGGCCUCCUCUUCGGACUCAUUGCUUUGGGUUAGAUAUUAUUCCAACAUUCACAAAGGAAACUUGAGAUAAUCCUCACAUGCUCAUGACCUCCUCUUUGGCGCCACAGGUGAGGAAAUAAAACGCCUCAAGACUCGCGUUGAUGCUCUUGAAGCCAUCACCGGAGCUUCGGCCAGAACCAGCCGCCUGUCUGCGUCCUCAGGUGUCAAUAUCAUUGAUCCGCUGGAUGCGUCGUACAUCGAGAGAAGCUCUGCUGGGUCCACUCUUGCUCGCUCUGACAAUGGGAUCAACUUGGGAGCUGCAGGAGGGCCUGGAGGAGGCGCAGGGAGUGGACCUGGACAGGACAGUGCUGCCCUGCAGAGAACUGUCCAGCAGCUGGUCAGGGCUGAACUCCGCUCAGAUGUUAUUAGAGGUACAGAAAUCAUUGAACACACGUAUAAAUCAACACAGUCACAAUGAUAACACCUGAAAGUGACUGAUCAUGCUGAGUUUUUCUGUCCUUCAGACACUCUGACAUACUCGCUGAAAGGAGAGAAGGGAGAUCCAGGACCUAAAGGCAUGUUUGCACAACUCUUGAAAUGAUCACGAUUUAAUAUCAUGUCAAAAGCCAAACUAACAGUGACUGUUUCUGUGCAGGUGAUGCAGGACAGAUCGGACAGAAAGGUGAGAAAGUCUGCCACAUCAACUUACUUUUAUCAGCUCAUUUAUUUUUCUUAUGUUGGUUUGAAUUAAUUUAUAUUUCAAGAUUGCGUUUCUUUUUCAGAGAAUAGGUCUUAAGUUGUGUGUUUGUGUCAGACAUAUUUAUUUGAUUUUAGCUUGGAUUUUAAAUUAUCUGCAGUUUUUCUACCACCAGGUAAACUUUUAUAAUCUGGUCUUUUGCAGGCGAGAGUGGAUUCCCUGGCCUUCCAGGUAAGACUGAGAAAAAAUGUGUUGCAGCAGAUAACUUCAAUCUGGCAUAAAUGAUUCAUUUUGUGAUGAUACUUUGAUAUCAUUUCUUCAGGUCCUCCAGGGCAGAUUGGUCACCCAGGACAGGAUGGAGCAAGAGGACCAAAAGGAAGUGCAGGUAGUUUAUGUGGAGAAAGAAAGUAAGUACUUGACUCUGAUAAAAUGAAAAAUCUGAAUAUUGAUCGCUGUUUUUUAUUUCUCUAACAAGGUGAAGCAGGUGCCGAGGGACCACCAGGGCAGAGGGGCCGAGAUGGACAGAUGGGCCCCCGCGGAGAGACCGGACUGCCAGGAUUUGGAGAGAAAGGGGAAAGAGGUGAAUAAUGUUUAUGUUAACCGUGGGAAAGUCUUUUCAUUGAAGGUUUCAGCCUUUGACAGUGAAAUCUGCUUAUGACAGGGUCUCCGGGUGAGCCGGGACAUCCUGGUCCUCCUGGUGUUGCUGGACCUGUGGGACCAAAAGGUGAGGUCAAAGGUCAUGAUGGAGUAAUAGCUCAUUGUUUCAGAACAUUUAGAUGUUUUUAAGUUUCGUUUAAUUUCUUUUGCAAACCUUUUUAUCACAUCCUUACAUCAGAGAUAAAAUGUUCGUAUAAAUCUAAACAUCUAAAGGCUGUUUAUGGUCCUGUGUGUGAGGAAAGGCCAAAUUACAAUUCAAUAUUUAAAAAUAUGGUCUUGCAUGUGAAUGUACUGUAUAUCUAGAAAAGGACGACUAUGUAUGCACUUUUUACAGUAUUAGAGAAGGCAUUUUGUCUAAGUUUAUCCAUAAUUUUCUGAGAAAGUAAAGAAACUCAAACCUCACUGAUUGCAGAGCAGACUGUUUUUGGUUUGUUUCAUCACCACCCUAACUUUUUCUCAUAAAUCUUAAAAAAUAUUGUAUAAAGCAACUUCAACAUGACCCUUUUGUUUUUUCAACGCACAUUUCAAAGCCAUCCAUAGUACACAUCGAUGUGUAUUACACGACAUGCAUUUUACGAUGUCAACUGUGUCGGAUGAUCUUACAAUGGGAAAACUAUCUGAAUAGAUUGAUGUUUAACGUGAGAGAUAGCGCUGUCUUUUAGAAGAAACACAAAACAAGACUCCCUUUGAAACCAGUGGAGUCUCUCCCAGAUGGCUGUAAAUAUGACACAGGUUUAAAUCCUGAACACAGUCACUUUAGUUUUUAGACCAGAGGGACAAAUACGCUUCUUUAAUAAAGGAGUUGUGUCUCAGACAGGAACGGGAUCAAUUUUAAACACUGUCACACUACCUCCACAAUAAUAGCCAAACCAAAACUGUUGACAGAUUUGGGCGCCAGAAGUUUAUCUGCCCAUAAACUCUCAGGAUAAAAACUAAAACAUUUUUCAAGAUGAUACACAAGGGGCGCUGCGAGGCUAGCAGUCUAAGCUGCUCUUAGAUAAAUUGCAAAUUUCCCUACCUUGUGACAGACAAAGGUUUGUUUUAUGUUAACUGGAGUUGAUUUUGCCCUGAGGCCUCAUUUUCCCAUAUCCCGCUCUGUUCUCUCUCCUCAUUCCCUGCUCUAUUCCUGCCUCGCCAAAUAAAACAAAAAAUGACCCAAAAUAAAUCAAAAAUUUAAGAAAAGAUUUGCAGAAUCACUUCUGUAUACUUCCCAAAGUAUCCAUAACCUUGAUAAUGAACAGGAAACAUAUACAUAUCCAAUUUUUGCUUUUUUAUUUAGGUUCUGCAGGAGAGCACGGUCUCGUGGGAAGCCCUGGUAAGAUGCCAUCCAGCUUAAAUUUUCAUGGUUUUUUUUUGUUUGUUUUUUUCUCCCCAGUUUAGAUUGGCAGUUGUGUAUUAAGUGGGUUUUAUUUUUCUGCAGGUGCUCCAGGCCCAAGGGGUUUCCCAGGUGAUGCAGGAGCUCCAGGAGUCAAAGGUACAUUCAGGCUUUUGAGUGACACGUAUGACCUAUAGUACAAUUAAAAAUGGUCAAAAUAAAGUUGUUGUUAAAGUACAGGGUAAUGCUAGAUUGAAAACUAUGACUCACAGUGAAAUUAAAACUGUUUUAACAAUUCAGAUAUUUUUGGAGUGGUGAGGUACAACAUAGCAGUCAUGCAAAUUGAGAUUGCUUCAAUAAUUUAGAUCACCUUUUUGGAAGCUUUGUUGAGGUUUUUUCUGUGUUUCUUGUAGGUGAUCGAGGAACAGCAGGGCUGCCAGGUGCAAAAGGAGACCUGGGAGAGAAUGGACCACGUGGACCAGCAGGUCUGUCCCAGAAAUACAAACACAAAAUGAACUAUAAUCGAGUAACAACAACAACUAUCACAAUUAAAAGAAGCAAAGUGGCUCUAGAAAACUCUUUCCCAAACUAACAACAAAUAAACAAAUAAAAAAAAUUCCAUAACUCCCUUUUAUAUAAUGAGCUUGUACAGUUACACAGUUUGGUUCUCAACAGACAAAACUUGAAAGAAAAACACUUCACUAAUACUCAGUCAUCUUUAAUGCUGUCUCAAAUAGAUUAGAUUAGAUUAGAUUAAAUAGAAUUUUUUUGAUCCUUUUGGGAAGGGUCCCUCAGGGAAAUCAAAAUUCAUGCAGCAUCAAUAUGUACAGAAAAAAACCCUGAAUGAUCAAAUAUGUAAGAACUAAAAAUACAAUAAAUGUAAAGAAUAAAAAUAUAAUAAAUAAAGAUAAAUUAAAGAUUUACAAAAGAAAAGUAAGAUAUCAAGGUAUGGACAUUUGGACAUUACCAUUACUACAUUAACUACAAAAACUACUACUACUGCUGCUCCUUCCCAUUUUCAGUAUGAUAAAGCAUGAUUCUGGAUUUAAAAUAAAUUUGUCCCUUUUUUUAUACCAAGGAAGAGCAGAUUAGGGUGAACAAUAAGUCAGACAAUGUUUAACUAAAAAACAUUACAUUUUCGAGCACAAUUAUUUGAGGAGGUGUCUUUAAUUUUGUGGUUAUGAUUUGAAGGUGAACCGGGGACACCUGGACCACAAGGACCUCCUGGACCAAAAGGAGUCAAAGGUGAAGGAGGUGAGUAAAGGAGCUUUAAAAUGAUAAGAAAAGAACUGUAUAGUACUGUCUUGCAAAAGAAUUACUUAGAUGUUGAUGAUGCCAACACUGGACGUGGAUAAAUGCACAAAAUAUGUGCAGCUCAAAGGUACACGUGUAACAACUUGCAAAGUUUUAUGUUGAAUAUAGUCUGUUAGAUAAAACAUCAUGAAAAUCUGGCAAAAAGGCUGAGUCAAACAAAAUAAAAUGUAAAAACUCACUUGUAACUUGGAAGUAAAAUACCAAAAGGACCAACCUUGCAAAGCGUAUGACAUGAGGGUUGACAUACAAAGGAUAUAUACAAAACCAAUUUAGUAACAAGACACAGAUGGAUCUAAUUAGGGAAGGGAUGAGAGGAGUUGAGAUGGGAUGAGAUUUAAUUGAGAUUUAAGAAAUGAGAUUAGAUUAGAUGAGAUUAAGAGAUGAAAUGGGAUACAUUGAACUGAGGAAAAGGAUAUGUGAUAAAGUAAGAAAUGUCAAGGGGAGAAAAUGAUAGGACAAAAGAUGAUGAGAUAAAUUAAAAUGUGUUCCUAAGGUAACAUAGAUUGAUAUUUGUUGUGAUAGGAUUUGUUGAGAUGAAAUUGAUAAGAUAGGAUGAAUGUUUAUAACAGAGUAAGAUGACAAGAUGCUGCAUAAAAAGAUGAGAUGUAACAUGAGAUAAGAUUUGAUGAAACAUUAUUUAAGAAAUAUGUUGAGAUUACAUUUAAUGUUAUGAAUUUUAAUGAAGUGAUAUGAGAAUAAAAAAAUGAUGAGAUGGAAUACCAUGAGGUGUGAUGACAAAUGGUGAGAUGAGGUUAGAUGGGAUGUCAUAAGAUGAGAAAUGAUUGGAGGAGAUAAAAGAAAAAUUAGAUGAAAAAUGAUGUGAAUAGCAUGAUGAGGUAAGAUGAAUUUAGUUUAGAUGAGCAGAUAUUAAGAGAUGAGAUUAGGUAUGAUGGGAUGAGUUAAAAUUUGAUUAGACGGGAUGAGAUGAGGUGAAAAAAAAUGAGAUGAAAAAUGGCGAGAUGAGAUGUACUUAUUUGUCCAUGAGAUUAAGCUUGUCUGCCCAAGUCAGAAAAAAACAAGAGCUGAGUGUAAGAGAUUGAGUGACGGAUAUGUUCAAAAAACAACUAGAAAUGACAAUAAAUGAAACAAAUGAAAACUUAAAAAGCAUGACUAAAGUAGCUUGACAGUGUGCAUUGGUCAAGCCUGUAAAAAGGUGUGGUGAGGUGUUAACUUACGAUAGCUCAGUUUAAUUCUCAUAGAGCAGUAAUACAGUUUAAUGUUUGGAUAAACACUCUUUGUGUUAUGUUAUUUUCUUAGAUACAACAGAAAUGUGGAUGUGGAUUUGUCUUCAGUAGAACAUUCCUUGGGAAAGGAAACUUGCCAGUGAAAAACAGUACAACAUAGCUUUAAAUUUGUGAGCAAAUGUGGGUUUAAUGGAGCUUUGGUGCCAACAAAUUUUGUGCUCUCUCAUGUUCAAACCCUUUUUUAGGUGCAGAGAUAAGAGACAUUUUUAAACCCUGGGACAACCAUUAUGUUUCAACAGAAUUUUUUUUAAAAGAGUUUGUUGUUUGUUGAGUGAAGCUGGUGUCUCUAUUUAAAUUACAGGUGAAUCAGGCUCAGCGGGACCUCCAGGUGCACGAGGACCACCAGGAACUCCUGGUGACCCUGGAACUCCAGGUACAACAAUACCACCCACUUAUAGCACAACUCAUAAUAAACUGGACUUGUACUUGUGUAAUUGCUUGAAUUGUAAAGAAACAAACUUUCUGAGCCUCAUAAAGAAUCUUUUCCUCUGUUUUCUGAAGGCGUUGCUGGGAUCCAAGGACCCCCAGGUAUGAGAGUAUACUAAAUACCAUCAUGAAUCCUGUUCUUACUGUUAAGAUUUUGUUAAUGUCAACACUUUUUCAUCAACACAGGUAUUGCUGGAAGCCCAGGACAGCCCGGUGGUCAAGGUAAUGUCUCACUAGCCUCCUUUAAAGUUAGAACAGCACUGAAAUAUUGUACAGUGACAAAUAAAUGGUAAUUUCCUAACUGAUUACGUUCAUUUGCAACAGGUCAGUAAAAUGACUUUGUCUGGAAAAAAGCAGUAACCAUAGGGGUUGAAUCUACUAGAAGUAAAGAUGGAUAGAAGUUCACUACUCUGUGAGAGUCUGUGUGAGAAAAUAAGUCUCCAAUUCCAGAAUAAUGUUCCUAAAUGUAAAAAUGCAAAGAAUUUGAGGAUGUCUUCAUCUAUAGUUCAUAAAAUUAGGGAAUCUGGAGAAAUCUCCUGGAAAAGUAAAUGUUUAACAUUUACAUUGCCAUGUCCUGGUGACAUACUGUCUUCAAAAGCCAGCAAUAAUACUGAUAAACAAGAUGUUUGUAAAGUUUUAUCUCGUGGUCUAAUUCAACUAAUCUAAUUUCAGGUGAACCAGGAUUACCUGGCAAAGUCAUUGGUCCAGGUAAGCAUCAGCAGCACUUUGUCUGAUAAGACAUGAACAACAAGAGUUUUUUGACUCCUUCAUUGUAUGCACACUGUGAAGAGUGAAACUUGUGUUCGUCUGAUUUUGUUUCUAGUUGGCUCAGAGACUGUGGCCAUCCCGGGAGCCCCGGGGCCUGCUGGGCCCCCAGGUCCUGCUGGAAACCCUGGUCUGUCUGGUCCCAUUGGCCCGGCUGGAGUUCCUGGACAACCUGGUACAUGCAAACUCUUGAGCCAUCAUGAUCACCGAAACCUGUGUCAGCUGUUAAACAUAUGUUCACAACCCUCUAUUAUGAUGGUGUUAUCAUUCAGGUCCUAAAGGGGAACCAGGAGAGAAAGGUGAGAAAGGGGAUCAAGGGGAGAAGGGAGAAAAGGGAGAGAAAGGAGAAAAAGGAGAACCAGGAGAGAAGGGAAAGGACGGGGAGAAUGGAAAACCUGGGGAGCCCAGUGAAAGUGCUACAACGUCAGAAAGCCAAAAAGAAGGUGAGUUUGUCUUUUUAUUAAUCUGACUGAAUCUGUUGUUUGUUUGUUUGUUUGUUUGUUUUUUACCAAUCAACAAGUGCUACAUCCCAUGUUUUCUCAUGUUUGAUAGGCACUUCCUCAGGGGCUGGACAGCCUGGUCCACCAGGCCCACCUGGACCUCCAGGGCCUCCUGGAGAAAUUGGUCCUCAAGGUCCUCCUGGUAUGUUGAAAGCUGUUUAUAAAAAUUUAGAAGCAUUUCAUACAGCUGCGAGUAAUGAAAAAACAUUUGUGGCACUUUUUGUUUAGGUGAGUCUAAGCCAGGUUCUCCGGGGCGAAAAGGUCCUCCAGGAGAGCCAGGUAAACAAGUGACACACAUUUACAAAUAGAAAUAUAGACAAAUAAAUCAUCAACAUAAAAAAUUAUCUUCCCAGCGUCACAAUGAGAAACUAUGUGUCCUCACAGGUAUUGGUGUACCUGGACCCCCAGGGGCAAAAGGAGAGCCCGGUAGCUUCGUGCCCACCUCAGGUUGUUAAAGGAAACCUCAUUUUGAAUUGAAUGACUCUACAUAUAAAACAAUGGUCAAAUCAAGCCUCUGCUGUCUUAGUUUGGCAUGUCUGAUGCAGUCUCCUGUGUUUUGUCACAGAAUCCUUUUUUGCUGGACCACCAGGACCUCCAGGACACUCAGGACCUCCAGGUGCACCAGGUAUGUUAAACAAAUCUGGUGCUUCAGGAGAACUGUGUGCUUGGCUGUACUCCAAAAUUCAUUACUUUUGAAUACCCCAAUACAUGGAUGUACUAGUGCUUGGAUGUACAGCUACACCUGGUUGCUUUUGUAAUAUGCCAGCAAGCAGAAGUUUUGACUUUUCUGACUUGUGAUCAUUUCUGAGCAGCCAUGCAUUCCUCUGGUAUGGUCAGCAAAUGAACAAGAUCUUAGGUUUAUGAGAAGAAGAAAAAAAACUACUUUUUUAAAUGGUUUCUUUGGGCACUUUUGCUUUUUAGAAGUCGGAGAGUCAAAGAGAAACAGAAAAUAUGGAGAUUAAUUAGGUGGGUGGAGGUUGAACUGGUUGAUGUGGGCCAGAGCUGCGCAUGGGACCCAUUUUUAAACCGCUAGUCCAAUAUUUGAAUGUUAUGCUAAAUUCUAAAAAAUGCACAGUGUUAAAGUUCAAGACCAGGUAAGGAAAAAGCAGUACUUUUUCUUAAAGUGCAAACUUCAUCCAAAUUUGCACUUGAGUACAGAGACAAAGUGUGGGGUAAACAGUGCAGGGUUGAGUGAAAUAGCCCUUUUGUUAAAUCUUUUACAUUUUGCAGCUCCUUGUCUAAUUUGUAGACAUUUUUUGAAACUUCAAAGAGCUUUGGAUUCAGAGAUAUUGCCUCUAAAAAUAAGCAUUUAUUGUCUCUAGGUGCUCCAGGACCACAAGGGUACAAAGGUAAGAAAACUAAAAGUAGUUCACUGUAGUCCUUAAAAACUACUUAUUUAUAGUAUCUAUUUGACUUUGGCUGAAUUCUGUGUUUUUUUUUAGGUGAGCCGGGUCAACCAGGCCUUCCAGGAAGUCCAGGAAGUCCAGGGGAAUCAAAUGUUGGUAUGUAAGAAACUUGAACUGAAGUCUUUUUUGUUGUGUUUGAAAAAAGACAACCUCAUUGGCACAUGUAAAAAAAAAAAGAAAUAUCUGUAUGCGCUGAUGUGAAAUAAAAGAACUUACAAUGAAAAGGUCUACAGCACGCAACUAAAAUCAAGAAAAAUCAAAGCUUUCAACUUUUCCUUCCUUCAUCUUUCUUGAACUUGUUUAAAGACAAACAUCCACAGUAAAAAGCUAGCAGUUUGGCAGCCUCAUGAGGUGGCCUUCUUGGGCAAGCGGUGUAUUCAAAAGUCAUUAAUGGACAUCCUGACUUUUUGAGCAGAUCUUAAGUCAUUGUUUUGGUGUUCAUUUUAGGUUUUCCAGGUCAGCCCGGAGCUAGUGGCGCUCAGGGUCCACCAGGCCCAGGAGGUCCACCAGGACAGAGAGGUAAAUUCUGGUUGAAUGUAUGACAAAGCCUUCUUAGAAUAGUUUGUAUCAUAAAGUUCCUCUAAUUUUGAUAUAAUAUUAAAGAGGUUUUAAAUAGUUCACACAUGAGCAAUGUCUUUUAAACUGAUUCUCUCUGCCCUCUUUUUUACCUGGAUUAUUUUAUUCCAAAUCCAAGUCACUUAAGAUUUGAUUCUUUCACACUUAUUGUUUCUCUUUAGGUGAUAUUGGAGCCCCUGGUGCACCAGGUAAUCCAGGUGCACCAGGAAAUCCAGGUGCUCCCGGUGCCCCAGGAGUGUCCUCUGGUAAGGUUUCUCUUCAUUUCAUGUCAUUUCAAACUUGGUAUCAGGGCAGUGUCCUAGUUAUAACCUUCUAGCAAUCUAAUUAUGCACUUUCACACGUUUACAGAGUUCAGAGUAAGCAGCAGCUAUGGCCGACAAAUUCCCCCAAAUUCCUCUUAAUUGGGUCACAUGCGCAUAAAAAUGUGGAGUUUUGAUGAUUUAUUUCAUAACCUUUAACCACUAGGAGCAACUCUUAGUAGGAGUCAGAAAGAUUUGGUGAUACUGAUGAGACAAAAAUAACUGGACUGUUGAUUCUAAGUUGGACUUAAACUCUUGUUAUAGGUUCAUACAGUUUAGUUGUGGAAAAAUGUUAUGCUUGAGCAGAGAUCAAAAAUAUGCUCAGGAUCCAGGGUCUAAAAUGAGUAAGCUAAGCUAACGCUACAGAUUUCAAAAGUUUGAAAGUCUAAAAUAUUACUUCCCAUGUCUUUUCCUGACCUAAACCCUGAUGGCAAACGCAAGGUUACACACAUUAAACACAACUUAUUACUUUUUAGCAUGCACAGUUGUAGCAAAUUGGCUCCCUAUUAGUCUUUGUAAAGCACCUUUUAACACCAGUAUUUCCAUUAGCAUAGUCUACAACUAGUAACUGCUCCUAAUUACUGCAUAUUAUCACAAAAAAGAAAGAUGAUGUGCAUUAAUUACAAUCUUUAUAUGCUUGUUUGGUAAAGGCUAAUAAAGUUUUUCUGCCCCAGAACAGUUAGUCUUCCAUAAUUGGACUUGCUAAAUAUGGUCUACUCUACUCCAACAAUAAUCUAAGUGUAAAUUAGAUCCAAGAAAUCUCAGACUUCUUGUCGAAUAAAGUGCAGUUUUAAAAGAUAAAAAACUAGAUGUUUAUAUCUGUCUUUCUCUAGAGUCUGCCUCUAGUGGCUAGUAGAGGUAAUGCAAAUAGAAGUUAUUCAGUUUCUUCUCAGCCAUGUUGAGCGCUGUUUGGUAAAUGGCUCUGCUGAUUUUGUUAAUGGUAAAAGUGGUUUUUUGUUUUUUUUUAUGUAUUUUAGAUUAUUUAUAAAGAAAUGUUAAUGCAGUCUUUUCUGUGCAUACCUGACAUUUCAUCAGUAAUUUUUAUGUUGAUGAACCAGGUCCAGGUUCAGGUUCAGGACCACCAGGACCACCAGGGCCACCUGGUGCACCUGGUGCACCUGGUGCACCUGGAAGAGAUGGAAGUGGGUCUGGCUCGGAAAAUGUGGGACAGUACAUCGCAGAUUACCUGCAGAGUAAUCCAUGUUUAUUCACUCUGAACAAUAAUUCCAAUAUUUACUCAAGUGAUCUCUUCAGAAUAAAUUGAUUUUGACUCCAUGCAGGUGGUGACAUCAGAAAUUACCUGUCUGGACCUCCUGGACCUCCUGGGCCACCUGGUGCUCCAGGUAACCCAGGAACAGGGUCGACUGAUGAUGUGGCAAACAGAGUCUUUUCCUACAUCCAGAGUAAGAUCAAAUAUGUUUCCAUCUUCAGCUUCAUGUCAGACAGGACGAUUUUUGGUACUAACAGUGGGAAAAAAAACUGUCUCAAACCCCAGGUUCAGGAUUUGGAGGGGUUCCUGGCCCUCCUGGUCCACCCGGUCCACCUGGUUCUGGCUCUGGCUCUGGCUCUAUCUCUGCUAAUGACAUCCUCAGCCUACUGCAACGUAAGUCAGUUGGUUUAAAUCAGCUCUAAAGCCCAUACCUUUUAAACCUAUAAAAUAACCACAAAAGAUCUCACCAAUCGUUGGCUCACAACAAACUGUCUUUGCAGACAAAACUCAACUUGUUUAUUUGUAAAUCAUAAAGAAGUUGAUUUGUUACCCCCCUUCAGAGCAGAACUUGUGAGACUCUCAGCUAAACUGUAUCAAUUGUUUGUGUUCAGGAGAUGAUGUAAGACCAUAUCUUACUGGCCCACCUGGACCACCAGGCCCUCCUGGAGAUUCAGGUUCAGGUCCUGGUCAAUAUUUGAUCAACACCCAGGAAGUGGCUGAACGUGUCCUCACCCUGAUGGAUGGUGAGUAUUAUUGACGGACCUUCAGGUACUCAAACUACCUCUUCAGUGAGGACAUGCCUCAGAUUGACUGAAGUAUCUGUGUAUCCUCAGGCAGGGGGCAAGCAGGUGGGCAUGCAGGUGCUCCUGGACCCCCUGGACCGCCUGGACCUCCUGGUGCUCCUGGAAACUUGAUAACACGUAAAGAAAAAGAAAUUGUUACAAUUAAAAAAAUAGAUCACAAACUGCCCACUGAUAGACUACUAUACAGUACAAGAGUACCAUAUAAUGAAGAACACGUGUGCAGGCUAAAGUUGGAGAUAAGAUGUUUGUGCUCGCCACUCUAACCCCAGAGUGCUUCAACAAGCAGGGCCAACUAUAUUUAGUUAUUUUGACAAGCAAGACAGUAAAAAAAACUCUCAAAUUUUCUUAUACAUUAUUUUCGGUGAAAGUAACAUAUGAGCAGUUGCACACAUGAACAAGUUAUAUCCUUAUAUAUCCUGGUUAUAUCCUUCUAAACUCAAAGCAAACUUUUAAUUUGAAAACAUGACUUCUGACUAAAAUCAGCACAGCUCCACAAUAACGAAGAGUCUCUGUUGAAGAAGGGUGUUGCAAUAAUGUUUUUUACACGGCAUCAUGAUCAAGCACAUUGAUUGGUUGGUACACAAGGUUUUCUACAAACCCUCUGCCUCUGGUCCUCAUUAACACCACUCUACGCCCACCCCCCUUAGACAUUCAGACAUCCAAUCAGAACGGCCUUUCUUUUUCAAAGCAUCCCUCCACUGUGAUCACUCAUUGAUGAGCUGUUACAAACUGAGAGGCUGCAUAUCAUGAUUUUGUGAUGCACUGUACUUUGUAACUGAAGUAACUGUCAUAAAAGACAUCCAGGAAAUGUUGCAAACAGCUAAAAAUGCAUUUUUUUAUUGGACCCUAAAAUUUUCAUGUUUAUGUAGAGCAUCUAAUCCAGACAUCAGGUCCAAACCGUUCUUCAGCUCACUUCUUUUUUCAUUCUCCAACUAGCUGGGUAUCACACGCUUGUUGGCCCUCAAGGACCUGCUGGUGCCCCUGGUCCACAAGGCCCACCUGGACCAAUUGGACCAAUUGGACCAGUUGGACCAGUUGGACCACAAGGCCCACCAGGAUAUACAAACUUCCUCACUUCAGAUAUCCAGGACUACCUACAAAGUGAGUCAACACAACUGCUUCACCAUUUUAUGAGUGUUUCAUCUCAGUGAACAUGCUGAGGGGCACUGGUUUGGCCACGUGGUUAAAUUUUUUACUUACAAAGGCUGCGACCCAGAAGGUGGGCAGCCUUGAAUGGAUUCUGAUCUCCAGCUUUUUUCUACUUGUCAUGCCUCACUUUUCCUCCUGGUUUCCUACGCUGUUGUCCUAUCCUCCCUAAAGGAAUGUAUCAAAGACCCACAAUAAACUCAGAUAAAUACAUAAAUAAAACAUGCUGACAUUUCGUUCAAGUUAACGUUUAAUGUGUUAUCCUCUUAAAGGUGUUUCAUUCAGAGGUCCACCUGGACCUCCAGGUCCCCCUGGACCAGAGGGCCCCCCUGGUGCAAUCCAAGGACUUCUUUCCUAUGCUGAACAUGCCGGCAGAGUGAAAUUAAACGCAGAACGACAGGAAUAUGUGAGGAGUAAGUAGAAAGGAAUACAAGAAUCUGCUAAUGGCUCAUAUGAAUGACUCAUUUAAAAUUCAUCCCCAGUCCUAGAACCGCGCUUUGACCUCUCUAGUCUGUUUUCCAAUUUUAACUUUAAUUGUCAGAUACUUGGUAAUUGUCUUACUGGAUUGUAGUCACAUGACUGCGAGUCUGUUUUUUGCAGUGCUGAAACAUUUUCUUGUCUUCAGGUGAUGGCUUGGCAGGAUCUAUGUUUGGAGUUCCUGGUCCGCCAGGCCCUCCUGGACCCCCAGGACACAAGGGAGAGCCAGGUGUUCCUGGGAGUCCAGAUACUGCAGACUACUCCAAUAUGGCUGCCCGAGUUACUGAUUACAUUAAAUGUAGGUGAACCAGAAGAAGUUUUUAAAACUGAAAAUGACUGAAAAUUUACUUGAAGGUUUGAAGAUUUUAAACUAGAACUGUCCUACAGUCUGAUCUUUUUUCAGCCCCCACACCACCAUCAUAACCUUUCCUCUCUUUAACAGCCAAUGGUCUACUACAUGACAUUGUGAACGAGUAUAAUGGCCGUAUAUUCCAAGGACCUCCGGGACCUCCAGGCCCCCAAGGUCCUCCUGGAUAUACACGAUGGUUUGGUUCCCAUAGAAAUGCCACAGACCUUCUGGAUUACAUCAGAUGUUAGUUAUUACCAUGUGAUAUUGUGAAUAACAAAUAAAGACACAGUUGUUGAAGGCUGUAGUUUAACCUUUUUGUGAUUUUUUUUUUUAUCCAGCUCAUGGGCUGCUACACAAUGAGCGUGCCAUUCAAGGGCCCCAAGGACCACCUGGCCCCCCUGGUCCUCCUGGGUAUAGCAGACUGUUUGGAUCCCACACAAACGUCACAGAUUUAAUGGAAUUCAUCAGAGGUAUAAAGGAAUAACUAAUUUCACAAUGCCACUCAUUGUUUUCUGACUGAAAUCACUGAAAGCAACUAAAAUUGUCCCCUUACAGCACAUGGAGCCAUCAUAGGUCCACCCGGGAGACCAGGACCGAAAGGAGAGAGAGGUACAUCUAAAUAAAAUUGGGAUUAUUUCAUAUGUGUUCAAUUUAAGACUAUUAAAAUCACUUUUGAUGAGUCAGUGAGUCCUGGCUGCUUUGGGACAACAGUUAGAAACAUUUCCGUGCUUGACAUAAGGAAGCUCACAGUAAUGAUUGCUAUUAGCAAGAUAACAAUUCCAUUUGCUUGGAAAUGAUUUGUUUUCUAUCACAACAUUCCCAAGCAAGGGACAACAAUUUUUACCAUUUCAGACAUUUUUGCCACAGUGUCAACAGGCAGAGUUGAAGCUGCUGGAACUUUCCCAUGUAGAUUGAGUUUGUUUGACGUGUGGGAUUAGGCUGUUGUCUGUUUUUCAGAAUAACUCAAGUUUUAAGUUAGAGGUCAAUGUCUGCUUUGUAAAACUAAAAACUAAACGUCAACAGGUUUGAUCUUUUGUGGUCAAUCAGAUGCUUGUAUUUCAAAGUACUGCUCUCUGUGUUGACUCAGGUGAACGAGGACCUCCAGGGCCUGAUGGACGCAGAGGAUCAGAAAGAGACAGAGGUCAGUCAUGAUAGUAUGUUAGGAGCUGGUUCCUGGUACUUAAAUGUUGCUUGCUAGUUGAGUUUUAUUUAAAAAAUCAACUGUUAACAAAUGCUAGUUAUGACUGUAGCAGUAUUGGCGACUUUGAUCAGCAUAGCAUCACUUGUAUUUGAGGAGCAGACCUUCAUUCUCAAAUAGAAACCAAAAGACGGUGAUUAAUCUUAUCAGAGCCAGCGUCGCGCGCCCUCUGUAACUUUCCUAUUCCAGUUGGCUUGCAGCUGUUUCAUGGGAGAGCAGGGCCUCACUGCAGAUUUGAAACUGUAACAAAAUAUCUCAUUUAGAUCAUCAAACACCCUUAAAAGUCCUAAAAUUAGUUGAUAUUUAUUUUCUGGGCUUCAGUUCUUUUCUGUAAACAAGAUAUUUUACUGUGUUAACCAGUCAUGGUUGAACACACAAUAACUAACUGUUGCAAAACUAUUUAUUCAAUUAUUGAAAUUAUUGUACAUAGGCAAGAUAUUAUCCUGUGUGAAAAAAAUUGGAACUAAAAUAUGAUGCUGUGGCAAAGAUAUCAGUUAAGAACAAAAUUAGCAGCCUGUGUUGACAAUUUAUUUUCUUGUUCAGUCAAGAUAUUGUAUUGUUGGAACAGAUGUUGCAAUCAAGAUAAUUAUCAUGUGUGUACAAAUUAUAAUUUUGUGGCAACAAGAUAUUUUCCAGUGGAAACCAAGCUUGUGUUCAUAAGGCAUUCUACCUUGCAACCAAUUGUCCUGUGAAAAAAAGAUAAUCCUGUGCUAACAAAAUCUUGUCUUGUGGAGACAAGAUAUUAUCCUCUGCAAUUCAUACAUUAUAUUUUAGUAAGACGGAACAUUUAGUGUAAACAAGAUCAUUAUCAUGUGCUUGCAAAUUAUUGUGUUGUAGAAACAAGAUGUUAUUCUGUAGGAUCAAGAUACUAUCUUUUAAGAUCAAGAUAAUCUACUUCUUAAAGAGCUCAUUAUCUAGUGAUAGCAGUGCAGAUAUCCUGUUUUACCAAAUUAUUAUCUUGCAUAAGCACAGAAAUAUUCUUCACUCAAAAACUAUCUUUUGGAAACAAAUGAAAACACUCAGCAUUAAACAAGAUGUUAUCUUGAGGAAAGAAUAAAAUUAUCUGGUUGUAGCGAGUUAUAAUUUCUGCCAACUAUACAAUACUCUGUAUAAACAAGAAACAAUCUUAUGAGAAUACAAUAAAUAUCCUGCGCAAACAAACCAUUUACGUGGGGGAGGAAGACACUAUUCUAUGAGAAACUUAUCUAGCAGAGAGAGAAAAAAAUAGUCACAUUUAAACACAUAUAACCUUCUGGAAACAAAUAUUAGUGAGUGCAAACAAGGCAUUAUCUUAGGGAAAAAGAUACAUCAUGCAAAGAAGUUAUCUUGUGGUUAGGGGGUAAUUGUUUCAUUUAAAACAAGAUAAUCUUAUUGUACCAGGACAGAAAACUGUGAACUAAACAAAAACUAAUUCUGGGUCAGUGAUUCACGUCACUGUGGAGGCUGAUAUAAUACCGCUGCUCCAUAUAUACAAUAGUUGUUCAGUGAGGAUAAUGAUAGAGUCCCCUUAUCACAAAAUAACUUUUUGCUGCAAGAAUUAAAUUUUUUGUGUACAGGAUAACAUUUCUCCCCUUCUGGGACUUCAUGGAACUGUUAGGAACCCAAUAAUCAAUAUUUUGAAAAUGUUUGAUUUCUGUAUUUUUUACAGAUGAGUUCACUCUAAGAGCCAGAAGAAGACGCAGGAAUGUAGGUGUUUGAGAUGGUGUUACUGUCCGUGAGGACCCCCGUCUGACAUAUUAAAACAUGUGGACUGUUCUGGGUGUUUAGAGGUGGGAAAUGAAAAUUAAUGUUGUUUACUGAUACUUUUUGAUAUGACUUGUGGUAUGAAAGUAUUUUUUUACUCUAUGCAAAUGUGUCUUUUUGAGUGGAGGGAUCAUGUAAAGUUGUGGAUGAGCUUAUUUUGUACA